ACUUUCUCGCUGCUGCCAAAACUGUACUUUGAACCAAAACCUCCGUCGGCCUUCUGUUCUCUUUCCCCAACUCGCAGCUUUUUCUUAUCCUGUAAGUGCUUUCUGUUCUCUUCUGUGUAGCUAAAUCUACAAGCCUGAUUAUUUGUAGUUUAUUUCUUGUCUUCAUAGUUUUGCUUUACCCAGAAUGAGAUGAUUUCAUUUUCAUUUCUCUUUGUCUACUCAAAAUUGUAUGUUUUAUAUGAAUGCUAGUGUUUUUGCUGCUCAAGUUAAUUUGUUGAUAUUUUUUUUUUCUUUUGGGCUCUAAAAUUUCCCUCGGACGUUCUGUGUUAGAGUCCUGCCGGCGUUGCCGCUAUAUUCAUUAAAUUCGAGCAUAAUGAAACUAUAUUUCUUAUGUUAUCAGAUGGUCGAACUCAUUUAAGUAGUACUACACUUGUUUCAAAAUCCGUAAUGGGUAUGAAUGAAUUGGGUUUGUGUAUUUGUUAGUUAUUAAUGCCAGUGCAUGAUGAUCGGCUUAUGUAAUUCACACAUUGUGUGAUAGAUUAAUAAGUAUCAUUUAUUUUGUAUUAAUAAUAACUAAGAAUAAUCUUAAAUACUCUAAAAACGUACAAGAAUACAAUAAACACUUGAAUUAUGUAGUUUCUUUUUUAUUUUUCAAUUUCAUUCUGUUGAUCUAUCACUUAUUCACUUUUCAUUGUGAUGUGAAUUUCUUUAACAUAAAUAUUCCUUUGUGGGCAGAAUGCUUAGGACAUGUUGUUCAGAAAACAGUGGAAGCUGGACAAUUUCAGUAAUGUGGGCUUUUCUAGGCUAUGGAGACGAUAUACAUCAAUGCCGGGCAGAGCUGUAGUAGAUAUGGCUGCGAAAGAUGGGGAACUGAGGGUCUUCAUAGUUGCUGGAGAGGUUUCAGGGGAUUCCAUUGGUUCUCGUCUCAUGGCGUCUUUAAAGAAGCACUGUUCGGUUCCUACCCAUUUCUCGGGUGUUGGAGGAUCCAUGAUGUCCAGACAAGGAUUAAACUCUCUGUUUCCUAUGGAGCAUAUUUCAGUGAUGGGGAUAUGGGAGUUGUUGCCGCAUCUGAAUAAAUUCAGAUUGAAGCUGAAGGAAACAGUAGAGGCUGCUUUUCUUUUUCAGCCCCAUGUUAUUGUAACAGUGGAUUCCAAGGGGUUCUCAUUUCGUCUCCUGAAGCAGUUACGGGCUAGUUACAGUCAGAGAGGAUUGGUUAGUCCAGUACACUUCCAUUAUGUAGCACCAUCAUUUUGGGCAUGGAGAGGGGGUGAAGCAAGACUCAAAGGCCUAGCUGAAUUUGUGGAUCAAGUAUUCUGCAUACUUCCAAAUGAGGAGGAAGUUUGCAAAUCAAAUGGUUUGGAUGCAACCUUUGUUGGCCACCCCAUUCUGGAGGAUAUUGUUUAUCCGAAUUGGGGAAAGGACGUCUCACCAUGUGAGUGGAAGGUAGAUGGAGAUUGUGAAGAUUUUCGAAGUAAAAAUGCAAUACCUGCUGGGACCACAGUCAUUAGCUUGCUUCCUGGAAGCAGAUUGCAAGAGGUCACACGGAUGCUUCCCAUCUUUGCAAACACUAUGGAAUUAUUAAAAGAAUCCAUUCCUGAGUUGAUGUCAGUCAUCCAUGUUGCUCCAAAUCAGCAUGUAGAGAAGUACAUCACGGAAGUCGUUCAUAAGUGGCCUGUGCCUGUUUUAUUGCUUCCAGGAGGAUCACCAAAGCUCAAAUAUGAUGCAUUCAGUGCGAGUAGGGUUGCGUUAUGCGCUUCUGGUACAGUUGCUUUGGAGUUGCAGCUUGCGCGGUUGCCAUGUAUUGUUGCUUAUCGAGCCCAUUUCCUAACUGAAUGGUUUAUUCGUUAUAAAGCGAAGAUAUCAUAUAUUUCACUCCCCAAUAUUCUAUUGGACUCGGCUGUUAUUCCUGAAGCUCUCUUUGAAGCAUGCACACCUACAAAGCUUGCCCCACUGCUCAUGUACAAUUUUUGUUGUGAUGCAAGCAUGGGAAUUGAUACACGAUAGAGGCCCCCGAGAAGAACAGAUCAUUGCUGCUGAAAAGAUCAUCAGACUUCUAUAUCCUUCAGAAAUGAUUAUAACCAACUUGUUACAGCAGGAUUCAAGACUGAGAUUCCCUGAUUGCACACCAAGUAUGAUAGCAGCAUCCACCAUAUUACACUAUGUGAAGCCCCGAUGACUGCUUAUCAUUUAUUUGGUGAAAAAUGUUGUCCAAUUGUUGAUAUUAUGUUGGUAAUAAAAUCUUUUUUCCUCUGAA